GCUUGUUGGACAGUCUAUAUAAACAAAGCGCGCAAUCUCCGUUCAAAGCUCUCUGUGUGUCUCUCUGCAAUCUCUCUAAUGGUGGGUGGAUUCAAACUACGACUCUCUCGCAUGUUCCGUGCUUCAUUUGGGUUGUGUCGGUCACGAAGCGUAGCCAUUUUCAUCUCUCAAAUCCGCCAUGAAUCAUCUGCAGAGGAUGGUUUCGCAACAAUGGAGAAGUUACAGAGUCCAGAAUUGAUGGAACAAAGCCCAUGCUUUGGCUUUGAUGAUGCGAAAGGAAGAACUUGCCCCCCUGCAUCGCCCAUUUCGCCAUUAAAUUCUUAUUACAAGAUUGAGGAAUUCAAACCAAAAGGGGGAAAAAUUAAGUCAAAGGAAACGAAGCAGAAGAAGAACCAGAGAUCUAUCAACAAGAAAUCAAGAUUUCAUUUUGAUUCUUCAUCAGGAGAAAGUGAUAGUGGAUGGUUCAGUACUGAAGAAUCUGGAGACGAGACAGAAACGUUUUUAUCUUCAAAGAGUUUAUCUUCUGAUUCUUCUGAGAUUUACCGCCGGAAAGCAGCUGAAGUUCGCCGGAGAAGGAAUUCUGAAAUGAGUCAUGACCCGUUUGACUCAGGGGGUAAAUUACAAGAAAGCAUCGCUGUGGUGAAGCGGUCUACUGAUCCGUAUAAUGAUUUCAGGACAUCAAUGGUGGAAAUGAUUGUAGAGAAGGAGUUAUUUGCAGAAGAGGAUCUGGAGAAGCUCUUACAGUGUUUUCUGAGUUUGAAUUCCUCUCAUUAUCAUAAAGUUAUUAUUGAGGUAUUUAAAGAAGUAUGGGAUACUCUGUUCUCUAAUUGA